AUGAACCCAAGUCCAAUCAUACAAAAAAGAUGUCUAACAUCCUCAUCAAAACCAAUCGUCCGAAAACUUUUGGAAUCAUUUAGUAUUGUAGAAAAAUGUCGGGAUCCUACUUUUGAUACGGGCUGUACAUAUUGUAGGCCACAAUUCCCGAAGGGUAAAUCAAUCGAAUUUGAUAAACCGCUGAACAACACCAAACCUAAAGUAUGGAAACAUCUUCUUGUCUAUACAACUGAUGUUGACGGGAACAAAUGGCCUAGUAGGAUAGAGCUGGCUCCCGAUACAUUUGCUUCCAAUAUCCAUCCUUUGCGAAAACAAAUACAAUCACCGUUGCAUCCUGUUUUGAUAAGUAACGUCGCUCUAGAGAGUCACCAAGAUCCUAACCGGUUUAAAGUGGUACUAUUUCCUGACAAUCUAAUUUACUAUAUCCAGAAAGAUAAGAUUCAGAUUUUUGCAGAACUUUAUUUGAAACCUGGAGCCGAUUCCCACGAAGUGGCAGGCAUAGAUUGGGAGAAAAAUAUGAAUGGGCUUAUCUUAAUAUGUGGACAUACUCAGCGAGAUGAAAGAUGUGGAAUUAUCGCCCCUCUUUUAAAAAAGGAGUUUGAACUUGUGUUGAAUAAGGAAGGACUACUAUACAAUAAGUACAAAAAUCCUGGAGGAAUAAAAGUGGGUAUAAUAUCGCAUGUUGGUGGACAUGCAUUCGCAGGAAAUGUAAUAUACUUUAACACCGCUGGUCAAUCAAUCUGGUACGGCAGAGUUUUUCCUGAUAAAGUUCAGGGUAUUGUGAAUCAAACAGUUGAAAAUAAGACCAUAAUUCAAGAGCUAUAUAGAGGACAGAUUUAA